AAAAAAAAAAAAAAAAAAAGUUAAAGUCAAACAAACAAACAAUUCAAUAAAAAAAAACAUAGAAACAAGAUAAAAGCAAUGUCAUCAGUUCGAAAAUCAAAGAAUGCUGUCGACUUGACACAGAAAACAUUUUUCGUAAUGACGGGUGCUAGUCGUGGCAUUGGCCGAACGAUGGCCAUUGAAUGUGCUGCCAAAAUGGCAACGGGUUCGGUAAUUGUGCUAAUUGCACGAACCGCAGCUGGUCUUGAAGAAACAAAAGCCCAAAUUCUUGCCAAAAAUCCAUCGAAUGUGACGGUAUUUUUGAUAACACUCGAUCUGACACGUCCAUCAGCCGAGCAAAUAAGCUCGCAGAUUUUUGAUGCCACACUCAAUGAACGUAAUCUUGACGAAUUUAAAUUGGCAAUGAUUGUGCACAAUGUCGGUAGCAUUGGUGAUGUUAAGCGAUAUGCAAAAGAUUUUUGUGAUAUGGACGAAUGGCAUGAUUACUAUGCAAUUAAUGUAUUUUCUGUGAUUGCAAUGAAUACGGAAUUUUUGAAGCGAUUCAACACACAAACGCGUCGAUUGGUUGUUAACAUUUCAUCUAAAUUGGCACUUCAACCAUGCAAGAGCUUAACCAUGUACUGCUCCGGCAAAGCAGCACGUGAAAUGUAUUUUCGCACAUUGGCAUUGGAAGAAUGUGAACGCGAUUCAGCAUUGAGCAUUUUGAAUUAUGCACCAGGUCCUGUGCAAACUGAAAUGACUGAAGAAAUUGAAACGAGCGCUGUGGAAUUUGGUGUUCGUGAAGUUUUCAAGGGAUUACGCGAAACAAAGACAAUGUUACAGCCAAUCGAAACGACCAUCAAAUUCUUAAGGGUCAUUGAAAGUGGUGACUAUGAAUCGGGAGCGCACAUCGAUUACUACGACAAUUGACAAUAAAAAAAA